AUGUUAUUUUUACCAGAUUUUAUACCAACUCUUAUACAAUAUCUAAUCACUAUAUCGGGAAUUUUAUUCUGCGGAGGUGGUGCAUUACUGUACACGUUCCAAUGCGAAUUAAUUUAUCCGGCGAAUUUUCCGCCAGGUUCCCGACAACAGGUUGCAAAACCACCUGAGCAUGGAAUCUACAAAUACGAAGAUCUUACCUUAACAACCAAAGAUAAUAUUAAAAUUCGCGCAUAUGCAUGCCGACAAGUUCCCGAAGCUACUGCUAGGAUAUCGCCAACGAUCCUGUUUUUACAUGCAAACGCUGGCAAUAUGGGUCAUAGACUUCCAACAGCAAAGAAAUUUUAUACAAAGCUUAAAUGUAAUGUAGUCUUGCUUUCAUAUCGAGGGUAUGGACUGAGUGAAGGCAAAGCGAAUGAAAAAGGAAUUCAAAUCGAUGCAGAGUGCAUUUUGGAUCAUAUACGGAAUGAUGAUGUGUUAAAAAACACUAAAAUUAUUUUAUAUGGACAAUCUGUUGGCGGUGCAGUGGCCAUUUAUUUAGCAUCAAGGAAUCAGAAUGAUAUCAGCGGGCUUAUUGUGGAAAAUACAUUUUUGAGUCUUCCAAAGGUAAUACCACACGUAAUACCACAAAUAAGACACUUUACAUUUCUCUGCCAUCAAAUUUGGCCAUCUGAAACAGCGAUCAAGCAAAUAGUAAAUACCCCGAUGUUAUUUCUGACAGGGACUAAAGAUGAAUUGGUUCCGCCGGCACAUAUGCGCCAACUCUACGAAUUAACAGAAACUCGAGGUAGAAAAGUGUGGAAAGAAUUUCCUAAUGGCACUCAUAAUGACACGGUGCUCCAACCAGAAUAUUUUGAAACGAUAGGAGAGUUUAUAGAGAAUAGAGUGAUGUCGUCAACGGUGACAAAAGAAAAGGAUGACGAUGAUGAGUGA